CAUGUCAAGUGACAACCCAGAUGGUUAGCCAUUAGAUUUCGAAUAUUAUGAAACAAAUUAUCCUUAUUUGAAUGUCAAGAAGAAUCUUCUGAACAACACAUUAUCAAAAUGGAGAAGAGCUAUUGCACCUUAUAAUCCAUUUGCCAUGCAAUAAAUCCCAAAUUAAAAGAGAAUGGGUAUGGGUAUAAGAAAUGGUAAUGGAUUUUACUUCCCUGAUCCAUAUCCUAACAGAGUUAAUUGGAGUGUGUUUUUCCCAACUCAUUAUGAUCCUUUGAGUGAAUAACACUUUGGAAAUCAUGGAUGGUAAACAAGAAAGUAAUAACAAAUACUAAAUUCAAUAGAGAUGCACCAAUGUUUACAGCAUUAGCAAUUAGAGCUUAAGCACUCCCAAGAGGAUGUGUAAGAUAAAUUGAAGCCUUUAAAAGAUGCUAAAAUGUAAAUGGAGUAACUAAAUGUCAAGAAGAAGCUGAUAAUAUCAUUUCUAUUUGUCCAAAGUGGGCAUUAGAAGGAUUGAAGGAAAAGAAAAAGUAACUAGAUAAAAUUGAAGCCAUUUAAACAUUACAAUAUCGUUCAGUUUUAGAAGUGUCUCCCUACAAUAAAGUAUAAUUAAAGAGUUAAUAUUUUAAUAGGGCAGAACAGUAAAAGAUGUUUCAGAUAAGACCUGGGCUGAUGGUCAUAGAGAUAAGUUGAGACCUGAUACAAUGUGGGCUGAUGAGAGAUAUACAAGCAUAACUUAGAGUGAAAUUAAUGAAGCUAAGAAAAGAGUGGCUGCAAGAGAUGCUGCUAAUGGAAGGUAAGAAUAAAAUAUUAUGUUAAUUUAGAGUUAAGGAUAAGGUGUACCCUGUGCAUCACCCAGAUAUGUCAAGUUCUCAUAUUAGAGAAGACAAACCUCUAUAUCCAUGAUUUAUUAAUAAAAUAAUAAAUAAAAAUAUUAAAAUAAAUCUUUAAGAAUGGUAUGUGUUCAUAGUAAAUUAGGGAUUGUUAAAUAUCAUUAGAAAGAUCAAAAAGUCAGAAAAAGAAUUGAGAAUUCUUGUCUUAGGAUUAGAUAAUGCUGGUAAAACUACUAUUCUAAAGGCUUUAUCUAAUGAGGACAUCAAUCAAAUUGCUCCCACACAUGGUUUUAAUAUCAAAAAUUUGUAACACGAAGGAUUUAAGCUUAAUGUUUGGGAUGUUGGAGGUCAAGAGGUAUCAAUUUUGGUGCAUAAUAGAAAUUACGUGAAUAUUGGAGCAAUUUCUAUGAAAAUACAGAUGCUUUAGUAUUUGUUAUAGAUUCAUCAGAUUAAAUGCGUUUGGAAGAAGGAGGAAAAGAAUUAGACAAACUAUUAGGAGAGGCUGAAUUAAAGAAAGUGCCCCUUUUGGUAUUUGCAAAUAAAUAAGAUUUGGUUCAAGCUCUUCCAGCAGAUGAGGUUAAUAUGCUUACUUAAUUCAGAUUUCUGAUAGUUUGAAAUUAAAUAAAAUUACAGAUAGAUAAUGGUCGAUUGUAGCAUGUUCAGCUAAAACCCAAGAAGGAUUGCAAGAAGGAAUGGAAUGGCUUAUUAAGACAGUUUAAGAUAAAUGAAUAUUAAAUAAUAAAUAUUAUUAACAUGAAAUCAUAGAUUGAAGUUUUAAUUCAUUUUAAGAAAUUCACAAACAUUGAUCUUUUUACUCAAGGAAUCUAUUAAUUAAGAGUCCAUAUAGUAAUAAUUCUCAUAAUCCUAAAUAGCCUGAAGCCUAACCUUACUUGAUAUUUAAGUCAAUAAGACAUGAUCCAUAUACAUCAAAUGAAGUUGAUUAAAAUUUUGUUUUUUAUGAAGAAAAUAUAGAGGACAAAUAUUUCUAUUCAUAAGGAUUUUUGAUAAGAUAUGAGGAUGAAGAAAUGCCUACUAAUAUUGGAUGCGUAUUUCGAUAAUAAGAAACUCAAAAUAUUGAAAUCGUCAUUGAAUUGUUAUUUCUUGAUAAAAAACUUUUAGGAGAUAUAUUUGUGGAUAAUUUUUAGGAAGUUGCUUUGUCAAUUAGAUAAUAAAUGUAAAUAGUAUCAAAAGCCACUUUAAAAGUUUCUAAUCCAUUCACUUAUAAUUAAACAUAUUAUCCUAUAGAAUUUGAUUCAGCCCACUUUUGUUUAGUUGAAACUUAGAUACAUACAAUUCCAUUUCAAUUUUCAAUUUCAAAAUAGUAAUUGGCUGCAGAAAUUCAAACAGAAGAUUAAUUAUCUGAGCUUUUAAAUUAGUCAAUAUAUUUGUUGUUGGAUAAUAGAAAAUUAUUAAUGAAAUAACUAUCUAAUCUAUAAAAUGAAAAGAAAUUCACAUAGUUAUAAUAUUAGGAAAAAUAAUUCGAUUUAAAAGACAAAGAAAUAGAAAAUUUAAUUUUACAAGUAUAUUCUUAUCCAUCAAUAGAGUUUACAUGAACUUCAUCAGGAUAUGUAUAUAUUAUGGUGUGAACUAGUGAAUGCAAUCAAGGAGAACCAUCAAAAGUUAUAAAAUUAAUUAGAAUAAGAAUUUUUAUGUCAAAUGAUGUAAAUAUGGUAAAAUUGUGUUCUUUUAAAUAAAUCUGAAGUUAAAUAAUUGGAUUAGGUUUAAUUAAAUGGAAGAAAUAAUCAUGAAUAAGCAAAAUAUUACAGAAAUCAAAUUAUUUCUUAAGAAAUUAAUUAAAUUAAAUAUAUAGAAUUACUUUAGCCGUUAAACUCAAAUCCAUUUAUAUUCAAACAUACUUGUGUUUAAAAAGGAUUUAUCCAGAAACCUCAAAGUUCCUUUAUUCAUUACGUUGUUUUAGUUCAUGGAUAUUAAGGUACUUCAUAUGAUAUGAGAUAUUGGAAAUCUAUAUUGACAAUUCGUUUCAAAGAUAAAAUUAGAUUGAUUUGUCCAACAUGCAAUGAUGGCACAUCAAAUAAACCAAUUUAGGAAUAAGCAAAAUUACUUGCUAUAGAAGUUUCGAAUUUUAUUAGUGAUGAAAAUGUAACUGAAUUUCGAUUGUCAUUUAUUGGACAUUCACUUGGAGGACUUAUCAUAAGAGCAGCACUUCCUGAAUUGAUUGAAUAUAAAGAAUUUAUGCAUACUUAUGUGAGUCUUGGAUCACCUCAUUGUGGAUAUGCUUCAUCUGAAAGUGUUUUAGUUGAUACUGGAUUGAUGAUGAUUUAAAAAUGGAAUAAAUGCAAGACACUUGAAGAAUUAAGUUAAAAAGAUCAUAAAAAUAUUAAAAAUACUUACAUAUAUACUUUAAGUAAAGCAGAAGGAUUAAAUUGGUUCAAUAAUGUAGUUUUAAUGUCUUCAUUUUAAGAUCAUUAUGUACCUUUCCAUUCUGCCUUGAUAUAGAAAAUUGAGAAUUAAAAUGAUUAAAGAGUUUAGGCAUAUAAUGAAAUAGUUUCAAAUAUUUUAUCAAAAUGUGGUAAAAUAGAUAGAUUUGACAUUAAUUUUUUAAUAACUAAAAAGUAAUAGUUAUUGUUAUUAUUAUAGAAAAUUGGAUAAAUUUAUAGGGAGAGCAGCCCAUAUUGAAUUUAUUGAUAAUUUAACAUUGGUAAAGAUGUUUAUUUAUUUGUAUGAUGAAUAUUUUCAUUGA